AUGACAUCUCGGAAGACCAUUUCCAAUACGCUGCUACAACAACAGUACGCCAUGAUAAAAGAAAUUGUGAAAGCCAAAAUUAAUUCUGCGGAAGCGGUUGUGCUGACAAUGGAUGGGUGGACCUCAACUACAAAUGAGAGUUAUUUGUCGGUGACAGCACACUACGUUAAAGACCUGGAGCUGGCGUCUUCCCUCCUAGAGUGCUUUAAAUACGACGAAAGGCACACGUCAGAAAAACUCUCGGAAGAACUGCUACGUGUCACAAGGGAAUGGGGCAUUCAAGAAAAAGUCGUGUGUGUCGUCAGCGACAAUGCUGCUAAUAUUGUGGGAGCUAUAAGACUCACAGCCUGGAAACACAUCCCCUGCUUUGCGCACACACUCAAUUUAAUUGUUCAGAAUGGGCUUCCGCACAUUCAACCCAUUCUGAAUAAAGUAAAAAAAAUUGUUGAAUUUUUUAAAAGAAGUUCGCAGGCCUGCACGAAACUGAAAAAGAUGCAGGAACAGUUAAAAGAGCCAGUUCUGACACUAAAACAGGACACUGUUACAAGAUGGAAUUCAACCUAUGAUAUGCUGCGAAGAAUAAUCGAGGUUAAGAAUUCCCUAAUGACAGUUAUCACUCUUAAUUAUCCGGACCUUCCAAAUCUGACUGCAGAGGACAUUUCAAGUGUAACACAAGCCUGUGACCUGUUGAAAGUUUUCAAAGACUGCACCGAGGAAAUGUCAAGUGAAAAUGUUGUCACUGCUUCUAAAGAUAUACUCCUUAGUCGCUCGCUGAAAAAAUGGUGUUGCAGGUUUGUUAAUAACACUGAAAUUCAUGUAGACGUGCAACAGAUGGCCGAAAAGUUAGCUGAAGACCUAAAACGACGAUUUAGAAAUAUAGAGGAAAAUUCCAUUUUCGCGGAAGCAACUGCAUUGGAUCCCCGGUUCAAAUUACAUGGUUUUUCUGAUAAAAAUUCUGCUGAGAAGGUGAAAUUAAACCUGAUCAGGCACUGUGAGAAAUUUGUGACGAACACGUCCACUGCUACUGCAACAAUCUCAGUUCCAACCACUGAAUCUACUUCCAGUCUCUGGCUCGAUUUUGAUGAAGUGUUUUCCAGGCUGCAGAGUAAUCCACACCCGAGAGCUGCUGCAAUAGUGGAAGUGGACAAAUACUUACAAGAGCCCCUGCUACAGAGACAAGGCAAUCCACUUCAGUGGUGGUCUGAACGGCUGUCAGUAUACCCCUCGCUCUUUGAACUUGCAAAAUUACGACUCUGUAUUGUCGCAACCUCCACGCCGUGUGAAAGAGUGUUCUCGAAGGCAGGACACCUUAUAACUGACAGAAGAAAUCGUCUGACAGGGAAAAAAGUGGAACAAAUCAUGUUUUUAAACGGAAAUCUCUGA